ACUGAGGGACUGGCGCACAGGUUGCAUAUUUGCUGGGAGGUUAGCCUCACCCUAUUCGGUCCACAUGAACCCGGGGGCAGCUACUCGCUCACGAUAACCCCACGUAACCAAUAUGAAUGCGACAUUACAAGAAGGGACAGUCCGCCCAAGCAGGGGUGCCCAGCACCCAGGUCAGGAGGGAACCAUCUCCGGCCCAAAGGGAAACCGCCCUCCCCCAGCUGGCUGCCGACCUUCACCAAACCGUGCAUUGUUUCUGCGCAAAAAGCGUGGCUCAGCUGCUACACCGGCAUAAGUCGACUUCCAACAUACACAUCUUGUGCAACCUGUCCGUUCCUGCUGUAGCAGCGGCCCUCCUUUUACCCAUGCAGCCUCACUCCUGGCACCAUCACCUGUGCUGCCAGUCUUGCCCCUGGUUACAGCUUCGGGGUCGCUGCUGAUCUGGGACUGGAAACAAUCAACCGCCCCUCACACUGCUCACCACCUGGUCGAGCACGCCUGACACGUGCUACACCUUGAUCGACAGCGUGAAGCGUGGGGCGCUGCCUUUGCUAGGGGAUUGGGCAAGCUAUUCAUGGCCACACGAUACAGACAUUGGCUGGGAGGCAGGGUUGACGGUUGAGGCGUGAGAAGGCGGGGUUGGCGUCCCUCAUCCACGCGCUGACUGUGGCCAAGUCACGCAACAGCCUGUGGAAGUACGACGAGGCCACACCACCACCCAACCCGCUCGAAAGCGCGGAAAUGGAGGCCUUCUGCUUCCCAGACGGCCGCACUCCGUCGGCGGCGGGCUCCCCCCGCCGGUAGUUGACGCUGCCAGCAGGCACGGGUGCGGCCUUUGGGCCGCCGCACCCGCUACGCAUAGCUACCCACAACAUGCAGAGCCUGCGUUUGCCAGGCGCGGCUCGGCGGGUAGCAGCAGCGGCACUGAUUUGGGCGGAGCUACGCUUGGAUAUCAUCUGCCUCCAGGAAACACACUGGACGUGCAGGGCAGACCAGGCGGCGUUUGAGCAGACCCUACAACUAAUUGCGUACGAACUACACCUCAGUGGGUGGAAGGUGACCGGCGCACAGUGGUCCACUUCACGGGCGACAGCAGGAGUGGCGUUCCUUGUGCGGCAGGAACUGUGGGAGAGCAGCACCAUCACAGCCCCUGCCCUCAGCCCAGUGCCCACAGCCAUGCUUGCAGGCCGCCUCGCAGUCCUGAAGCUCAGGUGGGGCGGCCGCUCAAUCACCAUUGCCAACACCUACUUCCCAGCAGCAUCAACGCAUGCAGCAGAGCAGGCAAAGCGGGAGCUUAUCAGCCAGCUCCGCACACAAGCUGCGCUCAGUGCGGCUGCCACAGCGGGGGAGGUGGUGAUCUGGGCAGGUGACUUCAACUUUGUGGAGAACCCAGCGCUAGACAGCUCUGCCGGCCCAGGGGGCCGGCCGGGCGAUGCACCCCUAGCAGCGCUACUGCGGGCGGCUGACCAACCACAGAUGGUGGACAUGUAUCGGCACCGCCAUCCUACAGCCCGGUGCUACUCGCACUUAUACCGCGCACCAGUAAAGGGUGGGUCCCGGCUAGACCGGAUCUACGUGUCGGCAGCAGCAGCAGCAGCCGUCUGCCAUGCAGACAUAGCCCUGGUGUCCAGCUCUGACCACCGGCCAGCCUUUAUCGACCUGCUCCCGGCACCCAGCCCCGGCCCCAGGAAGGGCCGGGCCCGGCGCCGCAUGCGGCUUUUCUUCCACCAGCACCCGGACCUUCGGCAGCAGCUGGAGGGCUGGCUGGAAGCGGAAGCCGGGACCGCACCAACUGAGGACAACCAGCGGCAAGCCCUACUCGCGUGGUGGCCGCUGUUCAAAAUGCGGCUGUCGGUGAAAGUCGCACAGCUGAACCGAGUAGCCCAAAUGCGGCGGCUUGAACAUGGGCAGCGGACACGGACAGCGCAGGCCGCCCAAGCAGCAGCAGAGGCUGCACACCAGAGUAAUCCCACGGAGGCGACCCGGAUGGCCCUGGUGGAUGCAGCUAGUGAGGUACAGGCGGCAACGAGGGCUGAUGCUGCACACCCCGCACACAAGGCGCGUGUAGCCUGGUUACACAGCGGUGAACGGCCUAGCCGAGUCCUGACCCGGGUGCUGGCGCAUGACCGUCCCAGCGGGAGUAAUGCUGGCCCGCCUGCGCUCCGGACCGCCCAUGGUGCGCUGGUUGGGGACCCGAUCCAGAAAGCCCAGUGCCUUGCGGACUUCUUCACUGGAAUCAGCGCCCAGCCGCCCACGACAGUAGCCGCCCGCGCAGCUGUGCUACAGACAGUCCGGGACCAUGGGGCUCAGCUGACAACCGAGGAUGACACCACAGCGGGUGGCCUCACCGUCACAUGUGAGGAGGUGCAGAAGGCGCUCAAGCAGACUCAGCCAGGCAAGGCGCCCGGGUGGGACGGCAUCCCGGCGGACCUGUACAAGGCCUAUCGGGCACAGCUGGGCCCCCUGCUCGCCACACUAUACACAGCCAUCGGCCAAACGGGACAGAUGCCACAUCGCUUCACAUAAGGAGUUAUCUCGGUGAUCUUCAAGAAGGGCGACGUGACAGAGCCAGGCAACUACCGCCCCGUCACACUCCUGGAGUCUGACUACCGCAUCCUGGCUAAGGCCCUGGCUAACCGCCU